ACCGUUUUUACUGUGGGACCGCUUGGGGAGUUACAUCGGCCGCUAAUGUUUGGAACACCCGCUGUGGGAUGGAGUUUGGUUGACAAACAGACAGCAAAACUGCGUACGCUGAACAUUUCCCCGAUCUGGCUGAGAGAGAAGCACCUCGACCGACGAGCAUGGCAGAUAAUAUCAUCAUCAGGGUACAGUCCCCAGAUGGGAUGAAGAAGAUUGCUUCAACCAAGAGGGAGACAGCUGCUGCCUUUUUGAAGAAGGUGGCCAAAGAGUUUGGAUUCAAUUCCAACCGCUUCUGCGUUUACCUGAACCGGAACAAAACCGGCGAGAUUCUUUCCCAGAACAAAACCCUCAGCCUGCUGAAGAUCAAGCAUGGCGACAUGCUCUAUUUGUUCCCAUCGGGACUACCUACCUCCUCUGGGGAGAUCAUGGACACGGCCUCCCCGCACUCGUCAUCUUCGCUGCCGUCGACCUCCUCUUCCUCCACGUCGUCCACGUCAUCUUUUUCGAUGCCUCGACCUCUCACCGCACCGCAGGUCCAAGAGGACGAGAUCGACCAGUACCUGACCAAGCAAGACGGCAAGAUCUACAGGAACAGAGACGCUCAGCUGUGUCGCCAUGGUGCCCUGGGGAAAUGUGUGCACUGUGUACCAUUGGAGCCUUUUGAUGAAGACUACCUGAAUCAUCUGGACCCGCCCGUCAAGCACAUGUCAUUCCACGCGUACCUGCGCAAGCUGACUGGAGGAGCCGACAAAGGCAAGUUUGCCGCUCUGGAGAACAUCAGCUGUAAGAUCAAAUCGGGUUGUGAGGGCCACCCUCCCUGGCCAGAGGGCAUCUGCACCAAGUGCCAGCCCAGCGCCAUCACAUUGAACAGACAGAAAUACAGACAUGUGGACAACAUCAUGUUUGAGAACCACACCAUCGCAGACCGCUUUCUGGACUUCUGGAGGAAGACGGGCAGCCAGCGGAUGGGCUACCUGUACGGCAGGUACACGGAGCACAAAGACAUCCCUCUUGGAAUCAGAGCAGAGGUGGCCGCCAUCUACGAGCCUCCCCAGAAUGCGACUCAGAACAAUUUGGAACUGCUGGACGAUCCCAAAGCGGCAGCGGUGGACGAGAUAGCUACCAAACUCGGCCUUCGGAAGGUUGGCUGGAUCUUCACAGACCUGCUUUCCGAGGACACCAGGAUAGGGACCGUCCGCUACACCAGAAACCAGGAUUCUCACUACCUGAGCGCCGAGGAGUGCAUCACGGCGGGCUACUUCCAAAAUAAACAUUCAAACCCCUGCAAACUCUCCCGAGACGGACAUUUUGGCUCCAAGUUUGUGACGGUGGUGGCGACAGGUACCACGAAGACUACCGUGACGCUUACUGUUCCUCCAGCGACGGCGGGGUGUGAGUCAUGUGAUGUUUCUGCCACAGGCGGUCCGGACAACCAAGUGCACUUUGAGGGCUACCAGGUGUCCAAUCAGUGCAUGGCCUUGGUGAGAGACGAGUGUCUCCUGCCUUGCAAGGACGCGCCCGAGCUCGGCUACGCUAAGGAGUCCAGUCCUGAGCAGUACGUACCAGACGUUUUCUUCAAGGACAAAGACAAAUUUGGAAAUGACGUUACCUUUCUAGCGCGGCCUCUUCCGGUGGAAUAUCUAAUUAUAGAUAUCACAACAACUUUCCCGAAAGACCCGCAGUACACCUUCAGCUCCACUCAGCGCUUCCCCAUCGAGAACCGAGAAAUCCUCGGAGAGACGCAAGACUUCCACAGUUUAGCAACGUAUUUAUCUCAGUGCACCUCCACGUCAUUCCUGGACAUGGUGUCAGACUUCCAUCUGCUCCUCUUCCUGGUCACCAACGACGUCAUGCCUCUCAGAGACAGCAUCGGACUGCUGCUGGACGCUGUGAAGACUUCCAACGAGGAUCUGGCUCAGACAUGGAAGAAGUCGGAGCAGUGGGCCACUAUCGAGCAGCUUUGUAGUACAGUCGGGGGACAACCGUCUGGAUCUCUGGGUUUCGACACCAUGGGGGAUCCCUCUGCUCCCGCCUCCUCCUCCGCCAUGUGGUCCUGCCCCCACUGCACCUUCAUGAACCAGCCCGGCACAGAGCAUUGCGAUAUGUGCCGCCUGCCCCGCAGUUAAAGCCCCUCCCCCAAAUACCCCGCCCCUUUACCCGCCAUGAUAUCUCUUUGAAGCCCCUCCCAUCUCUCAGACUGCUGUGAAAGGGAUGCUCGCGUUUACAUCAUCUUCACAAGGUCAUCUUUGUGUGUCCCGUUGUGGUGGUUGUUGUGAGUGGGGAGGUACUGCACUUUUGGCCAGGGUCCCUCCUCUGCCCCCGGUUCUUCUCGAAUAAAAAAAAAAAAUGUCUGUCUCUCAGGACAACAGUGAAGACUAACAUCAUCGUCCACAUCUUUUGAAACCUGGAUUCUUCGUGUUUUUUUUUUUUUAGUACAAUCAUCGGCCCCACCCACCAAACAUACUUCUACUUUCAGUAUUAAAUACUUGGAGCAGGCUGUUUUGUGGUUUGGACUUGAACAGGCCAAAUAUGUAGCUUAUUUCUCUUGACACCACGCCCCUCUUCAUCACCAUCAUCAUCAUCAUCAUGACCACCACAAAUUGUCACUUUUUCAGAAGAGAGGUGCUUUAGCAAACUGGUGCUCACCACUUCCCUCUCCUUUCCAAAGCAGAGAGAACCUGCUGCUUGUGCGGCACGCGGGACGACAGCGUUGCUUUGUGGGCAUCAGUAAAGCGAACCCUCCACUUGUGAGCUGUACCCCUCCACGCCAGCAGAGGGCGGCACUUUAAGAGCUAAGACGCUAACUUCCUUAGGCUGAGCUGAGAGUGGCCUUGAUGACUCUCCGAGGAACAAAGUGGUAUAGCGACGUGGACUGUGUGGGAUGUUUGCAAUGUGGUGUCCCCCCCCCCC